UACUUCAUAACGACCGAUUCUAGAAGGCCGGAGAAUCAAUGAAGUUUUAGUUAAUUGGUAAAUUACAAAUCAAGAAUUGUUAGUUAACUAAUAUAAAAUCAAUUUAAUAGUUAUUAGUAAAAUACUAUUUUUUAAACGAUGGAAAAUAGUGAACUAACUAAUGAUAAAUCAGUAACAGCAGAAGAUGAUAAAAGUGAAGAAUCUGUAGAAGUAGAACCAGAAGAAAAAACAGCUGAGGAUGAUGAGGAACCAGAAAGAAUCUGCAUCAUAGAUCCUAGUUCAGAAGAGCUGGAUUUUAAUCAUUCAAGAUUAACAAAAUUGGAAAACUUAGAACCACUUACAAAUAUUCAAAAAUUAUGUUUUACGUGGAAUUUAAUUAAAAAAAUAGAAAACCUUGAUACACUUGUUACUCUUGUUGAAUUGGAGCUACGAGACAAUCAAAUAACAACAAUUGAAAACCUUGAUGCUUUAAUCAAUCUUCGAGUUUUAGAUAUUUCAUUCAAUCGGCUGAAAAAAAUUGAGAAUUUAGAUAGAUUAGUUAAUCUAGAAAAGUUAUUUUUAUCAUCCAACAGAAUAACUCAGAUUGAGAAUAUAUCUCAUCUACAAAAGUUGACUCUUCUUGAAUUGGGUGACAAUAAAAUACGAAAGAUUGAAAAUUUAGAAGGCUUACAAAGUUUAAAAAAUCUAUUUUUGGGAAAAAACAAAAUAUCUAAGAUUGAAAAUCUAGAACAUUUGGUAGAUCUAGAGUUGCUCAGUUUACAGAGCAAUAGAAUAGUUAAAAUUGAAAAUUUAGAUACGUUGACUAAAUUAGAUCAGCUUUAUCUUUCUGAGAAUGGGAUAGAAUGCAUUGAAAAUUUAGACAAUUUGAAGCUGAUAACCACUCUCGACUUGGCAAAUAAUAAAAUAAAAAAGAUUGAGAAUAUUAGUCACAUGACACUUUUAGAAGAAUUUUGGGUCAAUAAUAAUCAAAUAGAAGAUUGGACAACUCUUGAUAUUUUGAAAGAAAUCAAAAAAUUACAAACUAUCUACCUUGAACAAAAUCCAAUUGCUAAGGAUCCAAAUUAUAGGAGGAAAAUAAAAUUGCUAUUGCCAUGGUUGGUGCAGCUAGAUGCUACUCUUUGUAGAUAAACAUCAGCCUUAAUAUCCAAGUCCAAAUUUGUCAUGAACGCAACUAUUAAUUGUACUAAUCCUCAUGAUUGUUAUCUAAAGUGGUCAUAUUAAUUCCACCAGUGAUAUGUAAUUCCGUUUUUUACUUAUACAUUCAUUCGUAUACAAAUGUGAUUAUUCUCGGAUUAUAUUCGAAAUUAUUUCAAUAAUCCAUGCCAGUAUUUGAUUAUUAAUUACGCCAAACUUCCAAUAUUUAAUAUUGAAUGUUAAAGCAGUUUGAAUCAAAUUAAUAUUUAGACAUAUUUUAUAAAUGUAUUUAAUGUUUGAUAUUAACUUUGCACUGAAUAUCUUGAAUCAAAGAUUAUUCAUGUUACUCUUUUGAAUGAUGCACAUAAGAGGCAACAUAAAAGCCAGUUAGCAUUUUAUUCAUUGUAUAUUUUUAAUAAAAGGAAUAUGAUAAUCUCAUUCACGAAAAUAAUGUA